AGAGACGCAUCAGAGAGCUUUUUGUCUUCACAGCGAAGGAACUUUGCGGCGGACGAUGGUCGCUUCCUUACAAGCCGCCGUUACCACCGUGGCUCUUCCGUCUCGCGCCGCCGCAAAUCUCCGGCCUCCUUUUCAGUGUGUCUCUAAAUCCUUCGGCGUCGAGCAGGUGACGAGCCGUGUCUACUGCUCCCUCCACGACGAUCUUAAGAGCUUGGCUCUGAAAUGCGUUGAGACUACCAAGAUCGCCGGUCUUGCACUCGCCACCUCUGCUCUUGUCGUCUCGGGGGCAAAUGCGGAAGGAGUGCCAAAGAGGCUAACUUUCGACGAGAUACAGAGCAAGACUUACAUGGAAGUGAAAGGAACAGGAACCGCGAAUCAAUGUCCGACCAUUGAAGGUGGAUUGGAUUCAUUCGCCAUAAAGCCAGGCAAAUACUACGCCAAGAAAUUCUGCUUAGAGCCAACUUCAUUCACAGUCAAAGCAGAAGGAGUUAGCAAGAACUCCACGCCUGAUUUCCAAAACACAAAGCUCAUGACCCGUCUUACCUACACGCUCGACGAAAUCGAAGGCCCUUUUGAAGUAGCAUCCGAUGGAAAGGUGAAGUUUAUAGAGAAAGACGGCAUCGAUUACGCUGCAGUGACAGUGCAACUUCCAGGUGGUGAGCGUGUACCGUUCUUGUUUACUAUCAAGCAGCUCGUGGCCUCGGGUAAACCAGAGAGCUUUGGUGGAGAUUUCUUGGUGCCAUCUUAUAGAGGCUCAUCUUUCUUGGAUCCAAAAGGCCGUGGUGGCUCUACUGGAUAUGAUAAUGCAGUUGCAUUACCUGCUAGAGGAGACGAUGAAGAGUUAGCUAAGGAGAACAACAAGAACACUGCUGCUUCAGUUGGUAAGAUAACACUUAGUGUAACGAAGAGUAAUCCCGAGAGCGGUGAAGUGAUCGGUGUCUUCCAGAGCAUUCAGCCUUCGGAUACUGAUUUGGGUGCUAAGACUCCUAAGGAUGUUAAGAUCCAAGGAAUAUGGUAUGCCCAACUUGAAUAAUAAUACAUAGGAGAAUCUGUUUUUUUUUUUUUUUCUGUCUGUAAAUGUUAUGAUUACCCAAAAGAGUAUUUGAUUCCAGAUCAUA